UCGUGGCGCCACGAGCCCCGCCCCACUCCCUGCCCGCGCCUGCCCCCUGCCCGGUGGGCACCAUGGCGCAGUCAGACGUGCUCCUGACUAGGCCGCCCGCCCCACAGACGGUGCCGGCCUGUGAGCUGCCCCCCAAGCAGCACGAGGUGGCGUGCAACACGGGCGCCCACACGUCCGCGGGCCUGGCCACCGCCGGCUUCCGCACGGCCAAGUACCUGCUGGACGAGUGGUUCCAGGGCUGUUACGCCCGCUACCACCAGGCCUUCGCCGACCGCGACAGCUCGGAGCAGCUGCGCCACGAGAGUAGGCGCCUGGCAGAGGAGACGGGGGCGCGGGCGUGGCGCACGCAGGAGGACUCCACGCGGCAGGUGGGCGCGCGGCUGCAGGACAUGCAGGCCUGGCAAGGCGAGCUGCAGCGCCAGGCGCAGGAGCUGCUGGCUGAGGCUGACCUGCUGCUGGCCCAGAGGCGGCGGCUGCAGCGCGCCCUGGACGCUGUGGCCAUGCCCCUGUCCAUCGCCACCGACAACCUGCAGAGCCGGGAGCGCCGCCAGCACCCCGACCUCGUGCGGGACUGCGUGGAGCUGGAGCUGCUGAAGGAGGCGGAGCUCAUCCGGAACAUUCAGGAACUUCUGAAGAGGACCAUCGCGCAGGCCACGGGCCAGAUCCGGCUGAACCGCGAGCACAAGGAGACGUGCGAGGCCAGCUGGUCGGACAAGGUGGAGGCCUACAACAUCGACGAGGCCUGCGCGCGCCUGCGCGACCAGAGCCCCGCGGCGCAGUUCCACCCGCACUCGGCCGCGCUGGAGGAGAGCGCGUCCACGCCCGAGACGUGGGCCCAGUUCACCCGGGACAUUCUGUGCCGCGGGGAGCGCGAGCGCCUGGCCUCGGCCAACCUGCGGGCGCUCAUCGACUGCAUCCUGCGGGACACGGCGGAGGACCUGCGGCUGCAGAACGACAACGUGAACCUGGCCUUCGGGCGCCGCUGCCAAGAGCUGGAGGACGCGCAGCACAAGCUGGAGCACCACCUGCGCAAGACGCUGCGCGAGAUCGCGGACCAGGAGCGCGGCGUGGCGGCGCUGCGGCGGGCGGUGCGCGCCCAGGAGGCGCCGCUGAAGGUGGCCCAGACCCGCCUGCACCGGCGCGCCUUCCGGCCGGGCGUGGAGCUGUGCCGCGACGCCGCCCAGCUCAGGCUGACCUGCGAGGUGCAGGAGCUGCACGCGGCCCUGGCGGCCCUGAAGGCGACGCUGCUGGAGGCCGAGCAGGCGCUGCGGAACCUGGAGGACACGCGCGGGCGCCUGGAGCGCGACAUCGCCGUCAAGGCCAACAGCCUCUUCAUCGACCGGCAGAAGUGCCUGGCGCGCCGCGCGCGCUACCCCUCGGCGCUGCAGCUCGCGGGCUACCCCUGAGCCGCCCCGCCCCCUCGCGCCCCCAA